AUGGGAAUCGAGAAUGAUUUUAAUCUGGAAGAGGUAGCAGAACAGCUCAAGAGUUGGAUUAGUACACAACCGCAUCUUCCACAAAAUAUACAUCCAACGUUGCUGCAGAGAUACGUCCACUCGACCCAUGGUGACUUGGAAUAUGCGAAGAAAAUUUUCAUCCUCGGCUACACGAUCAGGGAGAACAAUCCAGUCAUAUUCGAUAACCGCGAUCCUCUCAACACCAAUGUGAUGAACAUUUUGAAGUCAAUUGACAUGGUCCCGCUUCCGCCCGUCGAAGGAUGCGAAGACAAGUUUAUCUACUACCGUCUAGUGGACUGCGAUCCGGACAAGUUUGACUUUAACGAUGUGAUCAAGACGUUUUUCAUCAUCGCCGAUCUGCGCAUGAUUCAACCGGAUGUUCCAAUGAACAACGGUGGAGACGUACCGAUCUUCGACAUGAAUGGCUUCACGCUCCGCCACCUGACCAAGGUUGUCCUAUCGACAUUGCGCGUGUACAUGCGCUACACACAGGAAGCACACCCUGUGCGUUUGAAGGCGAUCCAUGUGAUCAACUGUACGCCCUUUCUGGAUCGCGUCAUGUGUUUGGUGAAGCCGUUCAUGAAGAAACGUGUUGCAGACAUGCUACAUUUUCAUCUACCCAACUCUGAAACAAUUUACGCUCACCUUCCUAAGGCCGCCCUGCCGGACGAGUACGGAGGUCAACAGUCGAUUGUUAAGCACAAGGAAGAUUGGUUCAACCGAAUCAAAUUGCAGCGUGACUACAUUACUGACAACAGCCGUUGGAAGAUUGAUGAAUCCCGCCGAAACAACGGCAACGAUCUUUGUGGUACUCUGAGAAAGCUGGAAAUUGAUUAGGAUUUCUACAUGCGUAGUUAUGACACAUUCUCACUAGCUUCAAAAACUGUUGUAAUUUUAUGUAAAUGUUUUGUAUUUGCGUCUUACGGCGCUGGUUUCUAAAAAAAUAAAAAUUGUUUGUGAAAUUAU